AUGGGGUGGGGGCGGGGCCAGGCCAGGCGGAGGCGGGGCCGGGGGCGGGCACAGGACUGGGGAUGGGGUCGGGGCGGGGCCAGGCCGGGCGGGGGGCGGGGCCAGGGGCGGGCACAGGACUGGGGGUGGGGUCGGGGCCAGGCCAGGCCGGGAGCGGGCCGGGGGCGGGCACAGGACUGGAGGCGGGGCCGGGGGCGGGGCUUGGACAGGACCAGCGGCCUGCUAGAAGUGGGCGGGGCCUGCUUUGACCGGGCCCGGGACAGGCUCAGGACUGGGGCGGGGCCGGGGAGCAGGGCCAACUUUCAGGGCGGGUGGGGGCGGGGCCAAGAAGUGGGCGGGACCGGCUUUGACAGGGCCGGGGGAGGGGCCUCGCGGCCGGCAGGCCCGGCUGUGCGAGCUCAGGGGCCGGACUGGGGCGGAGCCUUGCGGCGGGCUGGCCGGACUGUGGGCGGGGCCUCGCGGCGGGCUGGGCCGGACUGGGGGCGGGGCCUCGCGGCGGGUAGGGCCGGCUGUGCGCGCUCAGGGGCCGGACCGGGGGCGGGGCCUCGCGGCGGGCUGGGCCGGACUGGGGGCGGGGCCUCGCGGCGGGUAGGCCCGGCUGUGCGCGCUCAGGGGCCGGACCGGGGGCGGGGCCUCGCGGCGGGCGGGCUCCGAGGGGCGCCGGCGGCGCACGUGCGGCGGGCGGGGCGGACCCCGGCGCGGGGCGGGGCACCCGGAAGCGCGGACUCUCGGCACCGAGGCGGCCCGCAGGGGCCGCGGGGACGGCGGCGGCAGGUGGCGCAGCGGGCCGCGGUCACAGGUGGGCAGCGGCGAGGCCGGGUUCCGGCGCAUCGAGGUCGGAGACGUGUCCUUCCCCAGGCCUCUCAGGCCGCGGCAGCUCCCCCGCCCGCAGGGCAGGUAACUUCGCCUCCAAGGUCACCCUCCGGAGGGGCGGGCGCGCGGCCCGUGCGCGUCCUCGGGAUCGGCGGGCGGGCGCCGGCGCACACCCCGGGCUUCUCCCCGCGGCCCGGCUGUGCGCCCACCUGCCCGGGUCCGGGCUUCUCCCCGCGGCCCGGCUGUGCGCCCACCUGCCCGGGUCCGGGCUUCUCCCCGCGGCCCGGCUGUGCGCCCACCUGCCCGGGUCCGGGCUUCUCCCCGCGGCCGACCUGUGCGCCCACCUGCCCGGGUCCGGGCUUCUCCCCGCGGCCGGGCUGUGCGCCCACCUGCCCGGGUCCGGGCUUCUCCCCGCGGCCGGGCUGUGCGCCCACCUGCCCGGGUCCGGGCUUCUCCCCGCGGCCGGGCUGUGCGCCCACCUGCCCGGGUACGGGCUUCUCCCCGCGGCCGACCUGUGCGCCCACCUGCCCGGGUUCGGGCGCGGCCGGGCUGUGCGCCCACCUGCCCGGGUCCGGGCUUCUCCCCGCGGCCGACCUGUGCGUCCACCUGCCCGGGUUCGGGCGCGGCCGGGCUGUGCGCCCACCUGCCCGGGUCCGGGCGCGGCCGGGCUGUGCGCCCACCUGUCUGGGUCCGGGCGCGGCCGGGCUGUGCGCCCACCUGCCUGGGUCCGGGCGCGGCCGGGCUGUGCGCCCACCUGCCUGGGUCCGGGCGCGGCCGGGCUGUGCGCCCACCUGCCUGGGUUCGGGUGCGGCCGAGCUGUGCGCCCACCUGCCUGGGUCCGGGCUUCUCCCCGCGGCCGAGCUGUGCGCCCACCUGCCUGGGUCCGGGCGCGGCCGGGCUGUGCGCCCACCUGCCUGGGUCCGGGCGCGGCCGGGCUGUGCGCCCACCUGCCUGGGUUCGGGCGCGGCCGAACUGUGCGCCCACCUGCCUGGGUCCGGGCGCGGCCGGGCUGUGCGCCCACCUGCCUGGGUCCGGGCGCGGCCGGGCUGUGCGCCCACCUGCCUGGGUUCGGGCGCGGCUGGCCUCCGCAGCCUGCCCCGCAGAAGAGCUCGGCGCCCGCGCCCGUUUGUCCCGCCGCGUGGUCGGCUGUUGCUAUGGGAACGCGACGCCCAGACGCGCCCGCCGGGCGGUGAGGGUGGGGAGGCAGCCUGA